CCUAGGGGAGACCCCGGAACACUUCCGGGAGGCAAUUCUCUGAAGUAUCUGUGAUGUGUGCCCCCAGCAGCUUCCAGGGUGCUUCCUCGGCCCCUGGGACCACCGGGCUGAAGUAGGGACCAAAGAACUGGGGUCCCAGCAGCCCACCGAUCGUUGGGCCCAGCAAUUUCUAGCCAUGGACCGGGACCUUCUGCGGCAGUCACUGAAUUACCACGGGCCGUCAUUGCUUUCCCUGCUCCGGAACGAACAACAGGACAAUCCGCACUUCCGGAGCCUUCUGGGGACUGCAGCUGAGCCUGCCAGGGGUCCCCCGCCCCAGCAGCAGAUACCGGGCAGAAAAGAGAAGAAAGUUGACAACAUUGAAAUACAAAAAUUCAUUUCCAAAAAAGCAGAUCUGCUUUUUGCACUUUCCUGGAAAUCAGAUGCACCCGCAACUUCUGAAAUUAGUGAAGACAAUGAAGAUCAUUAUGCAGUCAUGCCACCCUUAGAGCAGUUCAUGGAGAUACCUAGUAUGGAUCGGAGAGAGCUCUUUUUCCGAGAUAUUGAGCGUGGUGACAUAGUGAUUGGAAGGAUUAGUUCCAUUCGGGAAUUUGGAUUUUUCAUGGUGUUGAUUUGUUUAGGCAGUGGCAUCAUGAGAGAUAUAUCCCACUUAGAAAUCACAGCUCUUUGUCCUUUAAGAGAUGUGCCUUCUCACAGUAACCACGGGGAUCCUUUAUCAUAUUACCAAACAGGUGACAUCAUUCGAGCUGGAAUCAAAGAUAUUGACAGAUACCAUGAAAAGCUUGCAGUAUCUCUGUAUAGCUCAUCUCUUCCACCACACCUAUCUGGUAUUAAAUUAGGUGUAAUUAGUUCUGAAGAGCUUCCUUUGCACUACAGGAGAGGUGUUGAACUAAAUAGCAAUUCUUUGGAAUCCUACGAAAAUAUCAUGCAGAGUUCCUUGGGAUUUGUAAAUCCAGGAGUAGUUGAAUUCCUUCUAGAAAAACUAGGAAUAGAUGAAUCUAAUCCACCAUCUUUAAUGAGAGGCCUACAAAGCAAAAAUUUCUCUGAAGAUGAUUUUGCUUCUGCAUUAAGAAAGAAACAGUCUGCAUCUUGGGCUUUAAAAUGUGUGAAGAUUGGAGUUGAUUAUUUUAAGGUUGGACGCCACGUGGAUGCAAUGAAUGAAUAUAAUAAGGCUCUAGAAAUAGACAAACAAAACGUGGAAGCUUUGGUAGCUCGGGGAGCAUUAUAUGCAACAAAAGGAAGUCUGAACAAAGCAAUAGAAGAUUUUGAGCUUGCUUUAGAAAACUGUCCAAAUCACAGGAAUGCAAGAAAAUAUCUCUGCCAGACACUUGUAGAAAGAGGAGGGCAGUUAGAAGAAGAAGAAAAGUUUUUAAAUGCUGAAAGUUACUAUAAGAAAGCGUUGGCUUUAGAUGAGACUUUCACGGAUGCAGAGGAUGCUUUGCAGAAACUUCAUAAAUACAUGCAGAAAUCUUUGGAAUUAAGAGAAAAACAAGCUGAAAAGGAAGAAAAGCAGAAAACAAAGAAAAUAGAAACAAGUGCAGAAAAAUUGCGUAAGCUCUUAAAAGAAGAGAAAAGGCUAAAGAAGAAAAGAAGAAAAUCAACUUCUUCUUCAAGUGUAUCUUCUGCUGAUGAAUCAGUUUCUUCUUCAUCUUCUUCCUCAUCUGAUCACAAAAGGCAUAAGAAACAUAAGAAGAACCGUUCAGAGUCUUCUCGAAGUUCCAAAAGGCAUUCAGCAAAGACAUCCUCAAAUCAGAUAGAUCAGAAUAGGAAAGAUGAGUGCUUCCUAGUUCCAGCCAAUACUUCAGCAUCUUUUCUUAACCAAAAACAAGAAGUGGAGAAACUACUGGAAAAGCAGGAUAGGUUACCAUAUCACAAGAAACAGGUAAAAGAAAAAGAUAGAUGUCCUUUCUCCUCUUCAGUUGAAAUUCCGGAUGAUUUUGGAGGUAGGUCUGAAGAUCCAAGAGACUUUUAUAAUACCUAUAAAACUCAGGCAGGUGGUAGCAAAACAGAAAAGCCAUAUAAAUCAGAAAGACAUUUUUCCAGAAGAGAUUCCUCAGAUUCCUUCUGUAGGAAUUCAGAGGACAAGAUAAAAAUGUCUGGUUAUAAAAGAUGUGAAAAAGAAUCAGAGGGAAGAAAAGAGCACAGUAGAAGGUGGGAGCCAGGUCCUGUGAGGUAUUCUACUUCACCAGCAAGUUCAGACUACUCUUGGAAGUCAGUUGAAAAAUAUAAAAAAUACUCUUAUUCUGGAUCACGUGAUUUCAGUAGACAUGAGCAAAGAUACCAGUUAAAUAAAAAUCAAGGAGAAUAUGAAAGAGAGGGUAAUUAUGAGGAAGAUACUAAAACAGAGGUUCCAGGUGAAGCUGAACUAAAUAGCAAAGAGCAGUCAGAAAGUGGAGUUAAAAAAAAUUUACCUCAGAAUUUACUCAACAUAUUUAAUCAGAUAGCUGCAUUUGAGAAAGAAAAAGGAAAUAAGCCAAAAAAUUAAUAUGCCAAGGGAAUUAGCACCAUCUCACUAAGGCUGUUAAUGAAAGUUUUGGAUCUUUCAGUCAUAACAGUCCAGUGCAGAAAUCUCUGCUCCUAACUUUAUUUGUAGAGGUGGCAGAAGGCAAACAUUUUUCAGCUAUUUUCAAAGUACACUUGUUUCCAUUAUAGAUCCUCUUUUCACAGCUUGAUUUUUAGGUUUUUCAUGUGUAUGUUUAUGUACAGUAUUUCUUACAAUGAUGAUUUAAACUUCACCUAAUGGUAAUUCUCAAAGUAUUAUAUCCCCAUUGUACUGUGGGUGUGAAAAUCCUUUGGGUCCAGCUUAUUCUGCUGUUUGAAGGAAAAUUAAAUUUGUGCAUUGAACAUUUGGAUUGUUUUCAUCAAAAGUUAUUUUAUUCCUUUUCUAUUAAAGGCCCUCAGCUUUUGAAAGAGAUACAUUUGAAUGUUCCAUAAGUACCAAUUUAUAUUCAUCAGAUUGAAUAUUAAAAUUUUUUGUAUAAUGUGUAUUUUUAGAAGGUAGACAUUAUCUGUCUUGUCUAAUUGGCCUCUAAAGCUUAAUUUAAUUAAAAAUGGUUUGUGUAUCAGCUUGACAAAUACCUUAGGAAUAAAGCCAUGAAAGUUGAAUAGGGAAUCAUUUUGCUUUUUUGCUUAUUUCUCUUUUUUCUUUUUACCUUAGUGCUAGCAGUAUACCCCUAAGAAAUUUCCUUGCUUUAAAUAUUGGCAAGACCCUCAGAGACUAUAAUCCUGCAAGACUAUAUCAAAAAAGGAAAGAAUCCUUUUAGCAAGGACAGCAGUGGCAAGAGAAGCACACUAUAAAUCUGAUUUUCUCCUAAGGGAAAGAAAAAUUGGGAAACUGUCCCAUUGUGGCAGAUGUCCAAUUGGAAGGGCACUGAGCAUGUCCUUAAGGAGCUUAGAGCUGGCCUGCAGUUCUGCUUUCCUUCCUUAACACCUCCUCUACCCUGAUGCUUCCCCUGAGGCCUCCUUUCUUAGGGUCUGAAUAAAUGAGUAGGCCAACAGAGCCUGGUUUUACUCAGAAUAAAUGGCAGCAAGUAGAGCUGAAGAAAGAUACUUGGAUUUAAGGAUCUUCCCCAAAUUAUUGAAAACAGUAGAGCUAAAGAUACAGUUAGGAGUCAUGGGUGUUGAGUUUAUAAUGGUCUUUAUAAUUCUUCCAAUUUAAGACUAGACACUGUGACAAGGGGCCUUUAAUACUAUUACUUAGGAUGACACUGGAUGUUUUGUGGAGUAGGUAAGUGUCCAUCUACAAAGGCCUAAGUGAGAGAAUAAUACAGGAAGAAAACCCUUUUAGUCCUUGUUCUGUCCUGCAGUUCUUUGCAGCAGAAAAAUACCAAAACUUUAAAAAAUAGGUCAGUUACUCAGGCAUCAGUCUUUGUACCAAGAGAAACUUCCCUUAAAAGAGUCUCCGGUUCUUUCUAUGUAUUAAUAGCUCUGGUAUCAUCCAUACAGAGUGCUGUUUUUUAAGGAGUGAAAACUGUCUUCUUGACCUUUAAGAAUUCCUAUUAUAACUUGAGGAUUUUACAUUUUUAUUUACUAAAAUCUCUUUGAAUAUCACUGUUAACCAGCACUGAAAUUUUCCAAAGCUUCUUUGUGGCUUAAUGUUCAGAUACAAAACAAUUAGAACAGUAUCAUAGACAAUAACCUAUCAGGAUUUAGAAAUUGCAUCUUCCCCAGAGCUUCUUUCGUGGGACAUAAUAAACUUAAGCAGAGUACAUAAACCAGUUUCUAAAGAUAUGUUCAGGAAACUUGUCACAGCAAAAAAUGUUACUGGGAAUUUGUCGGAAAUCCCUAGUGAUUUCUUCAGUUUUUUUUUUUCCCCUUAAUAUCAUUAAGUCUAUAGUUUGUACACACAUAGAUAUGUCUUGGUUUCUAUAAGUAGUGAUUUUCUAACACAAUAGGUGGAUAUUAAGGUAACUCCCCAGAUUUGGAGAUAAUGGGCUUGAUCCCUUGUCUCACUAUUUAGCAUUAUCACACUGAAGUCAGAACUAUUUAUUAAGAGUUAAUACAGACUUGUGUGUUGGCCC